AUGGAUUAUCAAGAUGAGAUAUAUAUGUGCCGGGCCCGCAUAAAUGCCUCCGGAGUCAAGCGCCACCAGCCGCCAUCUCCUUUAUGCGGCAUCUCGCCACUUCAACAAGUAGCUCCUGCCCCGAACCAAGCGGCAGCUUCCUCCCUCGACCCGUCGACUGCCACCCCUCCGCUGCGCAACAGGCGACAACUAGAAAGGCUCCCUUUCAUCGACUAUGAGGCGAAGAUGUCCGCUCGUAAGCAUUACAUAUGGUCCUUUCUUACUGUUCCCCAUCGAGGAACUCGCCACCCUAGGGUCUAUACCCUCAUCGGCCGUGGCAACUUGGUACCUUCGCCACAACGAGGUACCCUCUCCAGACCGGCUGCAGUUUCUCAAGGGAAAUUAACCCGGAGGGAAAGUCGGCGACCAACCCCGCUUGCACCUAGGCAAGCCGGACGACCACAGCAAGAGGAGCCAAGUGACCGAAUCGAUCCUUACGCGCGCGUCAGGGCCAUGCGAGAUCGCUUGCCAGGUAGCAGAAUGUCAACAUCUAGCCAAGCCAAAAGACCACGGCAAGAGGAGCCAAGUGACCGAAUCGAUCCUUACGCGCGCGUCAGGGCCAUCCGAGAUCGCUUGCCAGGUAGCAGAAUGUCAACAUCUAGCCAAGCCAGACGACCCCGGCCAGAGAGGCCAAGUGACCGAAUCGAUCCUUAUGCCCGCGUCAGGGCCAUCCGAGAUGGAAUGCGAGGAAGCAGAAAGUCAACAAAAAGAAAUUGA